AGAAAAAGAUUUCCUUGCGCGUAGUAACUGUGUUCGCUUAGAGUCGUUGCAGCUCCUUUCAGAAGUGAUUUAAGCUGCUUUUUGUUUUAAAGAAAGUUUUACAAUAACUUUGAGCGAAGUGAGUUGUGUUUUGAAAGUUAAGGAAGAACGGUUAAGAGGUUAAGGUGGAGAAUGGGUAAAAAACAGGAGACAAAUCCGGACUCCGAGUAUGGAGAACCGGCUCAGUUUGACCCAACGUUUAAUGGACCAAUGAAGAAAAGAGGGUGCACUGAUAUAAUCUGCUGUAUCCUGUUUAUGGCGGUCAUCCUGGGCUACAUAGCAGUCGGGAUUUUAGCUUGGCUUUUCGGAGAUCCAAGACAUGUUCUUUAUCCAAGAAACUCAACAGGAUGGUUCUGUGGCAUUGGAGCGAAUGAAGGCCGACCCAACCUGUUCUACUUUGACUUCAUCAAGUGUGCCGCUUCUGUUAAUGUUAUGGCAACUGCCCUUAACGGUUUUCAGUGUCCAACCACACAGGUGUGCGUGGAGAGCUGUCCGUCCCAGUUUUGGGCCGUUGGGAUAUCGUCAUAUUUUCCUGGUGUAAGUUCAUCAGACGUUUUCAAUCAAAGUCUCUGUGUGCCUUCCAUAGACCUGGCAAAAAAUGAAAUGAGUGUUCAAGACAUUGUGGACAAGGAGCUGUGUCCUUUCUUCUACAUGCCCACGACCUCUGUGCUGGGGAGAUGUUUGCCCGAUAUCACAGCACUGGACAGGGUCCCUUCAUACUUUUCAGAAAUCCCAGGUUUACCCUCGUCAGUCAAUGACACAGUCAAUCAAAUGAUGAGCGGCACAGGGGACAUUGUGAACGGCUUCAAUGCCAGAGACAUUGGCAUCCGCAUCUUUGAGGAUUUUGCGUCGUCAUGGCCUUGGAUCCUCCUGGGUCUGGUAAUAGCCAUGGUGGUCAGCAUGCUGUUCCUGUUGCUGCUGAGAUUCACCGCUCCAGUGAUGGUGUGGGUGCUCAUCGUAGGACUCCUUGGUGCCGGGGCAUAUGGUAUAUGGCACUGCUACUGGGAAUAUAAUAACUACAAGCAAACCUCUGCUUUAAUCAGUAACAUCGGUUUCACCACCAACUUUAACGUUUACCUGCAAGUCCAGGAGACGUGGCUGGCGUUCUUGAUAAUCAUAUCUGUGGCGGAGGCCAUCAUUUUCCUGACCAUCAUCUUCCUGCGGACCAGAAUCCUCAUCGCCAUCGCCAUCAUCAAGGAGUCCAGCAAGGCAAUCAGUCACAUGAUGUCCGUUCUGCUCUACCCUCUGGUCACCUUCGUUCUCAUACUGGUGUGCAUCGCGUACUGGGGCGCCACGGCUUUAUAUUUGGCCACUUCAGGAGGCCCGAUCUACAGAGUGGUGGCUCUAAACUCCACUAUGAACGACUGUAAGAGCAUCAACGGCUCUGUGGACUGUGACCCUCAGAACUUCAACCAGACGGAUUACCCAGGCUGCCCCUCAGCCAGCUGCAUCUUCAUCAAGUACAACGACGAGGGUGUCUUCCAGAGGAACCUCUUCAACCUGCAGAUCUACAACGCGGUGGCUUUUCUCUGGUGUGUCAACUUCGUCAUCGCCCUCGGCCAGUGUACACUGGCGGGGGCCUUUGCCUCCUACUACUGGGCCUUCAACAAACCCGGCGACAUCCCUACUUUUCCCUUGGCUGCUAGCUUUAUACGCUCUCUCAGGUACCAUGUGGGCUCCUUGGCAUUUGGUGCUUUGAUCCUGACCCUGGUGCAGAUAGCGAGGAUGAUUCUGGAGUACAUCGACCACAAAACUAGACAGGCGCAGAAUCCAUGUGCACGUUUCGUAUUAUGUUGCAUGAAGUGCUGCCUCUGGUGUCUGGAGAAGUUCAUAAAGUUCCUUAACAGGAACGCGUACAUCAUGAUUGCCAUUUAUGGGAAAAACUUCUGCGUCUCAGCCAAAAAUGCUUUCAUGCUGCUCAUGAGAAAUGUAGUGAGGGUUGUGGUGCUUGAUAAAGUCACAGACCUGCUGUUGUUCUUCGGGACGCUCCUAGUGGUCGCAGGAGUAGGCGUCUUGUCCUUCUUCUUCUUCUCUGGACGAAUACUGCUACCAGGCAACACCUUCCGCUCUGAAACCCUCAACUACUACUGGAUGCCAAUUAUUACGGUGGUGUUUGGUAGCUACCUCAUAGCCCACGGGUUCUUCAGUGUGUACAACAUGUGUGUCGAUACACUCUUCCUCUGCUUCUUGGAAGACUUGGAGCGUAACGAUGGGUCUUUGCAGAAGCCGUACUUUAUGUCCAAAAACCUCAUGAAGAUCCUCAACAAAUCCAACAAAGCACCGAAAAAGGUGAAAGGGAAAGACUGAAAAUCAUUUUACCUCCGAAAUGUAUGACGCCACACUAACAGUGUCACAGAAUUUCAUGAUCUAUAUUUUUAAUAUCUUUUCAGACAAGUUUACUGAAAAUUAUCUGCUGAUUUUGCACCUUUUUUAUUGUAUAGAUGCACAUGUAGUAUUAAUGACUGUACACAUGAAAGGACUGUAAACUUCUACGUUGGAAAGUAUCUUAUCGAAUGUAUUUGUUUGUAAAAAUAGUUUUUCUUUCUCAUGAAAACAAUCACUAUAGCUGUAUACUGCGUUCAUUUUAGACAUAUUUAUCUUAGGUUUGUUAAUCCACUUUAAUGGCUUUUAAUGAAAGUAAGAUUCUUACCUGCAGUAAAUUAUUUUCUAUUUUUAAUCGGGUUCCUUUACGGACGAUUCCUCAGAUGUGUUCUCAUCACAUGGAACAAAAAGAAAUAGCAACAGCCCAAAAAAUAUAUUUCUAGAUAUUUGUAAGAAAAAGAGUUAAAAACACAAAGCAUUAUUUAUGAUCACAAUAAUGAUACUGAUUAUAUUGACAAAGUUGUAAAUAUGUAUAUGACAGUUCUGUUUGUCUUCCAUCAUCCUACAUUUGAACUCUUUCACUGCUCUUCACCUUCACAUAGAUGCUCCUGUACAUGUAAACAGACAUGGUUGUUUAUCAUUUACUAAUCCCAUGUCCCAUUUGAAAUGUUCUUCCUUUUGUGAAGCCUGCAAAUAUAAGUACAUAACAAUACAAUAAAAACAAUUCUGACUCUUUGGAAAA